AAUGAUGAGUGGUCCCAUAUUUCACGGAUUGAAAGUGUGAGAAGAGAAGCUUACAAUUGUCGAGCACUGGCUACGUACUACUGACCUCUUUCGUUCUUACACACGCCGCUUUCCAAUGCAUGCGUUACGCAUUCAAACCCAAUCCUCACCGUUCCUUUCAUCUAAACCCUCACAAAAUUAUUCAUGUUUUGGAUUUUUCUUAAUUAAUUUUCAGAGCGCGCGCACUCACUCCCAUACCGCCAUGUCAUUCAUCUGGAUCUCGUUCAAAAAGAUAGAGUUUCUUUGAUUUAUUUGUUUGUUUCAGGUUUGAGUAGUUCAAAUCAACUCAGAGAUCAGAGUGCGGUAGCAGUAAUGGUGAGAGGCUCUCGAUCUCAGAUUUCGUUGAAUUAUGAUGGUAACGAAGACGAAGACAUUGAAACCGUCAACUACGACAGUGGUAGUGACAAUGAAGAUAAGCUAGAUCCGCCUGAGUCUUUCUCUUCUCGCCAAUGGCCUCAAAGUUACAAAGAAGCAACUGAUUCUUACUCAAUUGCUGCAGCUCCGAGUCUUGGAUCAUUUCUUCGAGGACCGAGUGUUAUCUAUUCAAGCUUCGUCAACAAGUCUAAGAGUUAUUUAGAAUUAGAUGGAAAGGCUUCUUUUCUGUCUGGUCUGGGAUAUGGUGGUAGUGUGCAUCAAGAUGGGAUCACAAGACAAUCAACAUGGUGGGAGAAAGCUUCAAUUCAAAUGCAAAUUCCUGAAGAAUUACCCCUUGGUUAUGGAUGCAACCUCACUCAAACAAUUUUCAAUGGGAUUAAUGUUAUGGCUGGAGUUAGCCUUCUGUCUUCACCUUUAACGGUGUCGCAAGCAGGGUGGGCCAGCUUGCUGGUGAUGCUUCUUUUUGCUGUUAUGUGUUUAUAUACAGCGGACCUUAUGAGACACUGCUUUGAAAGCAGAGAAGGGAUUGUCAGCUACCCAGAUAUAGGAGAAGCCGCAUUCGGGAGAUAUGGCCGUCUUAUUGUAUCGAUCAUCUUGUACAUUGAAUUAUUUUCAUAUUGUGUGGAAUUUAUCAUCAUGGAAGGAGAUAACCUUACAGGGCUGUUUCCUGGAUCAUCGUUGGAUAUUGGAAGCCUCCACUUGGACUCCAAACAUUUGUUUGGAAUUUUGACUGCGCUUGUCAUUCUCCCUACUGUAUGGUUAAAGGAUCUUCGCAUAAUCUCUUAUCUCUCAGCUGGAGGAGUAAUUACUACAAUGGUGAUUAUUAUCUGUGUGAUUGUUGUUGGGACAACUAAUGUUGGAUUCCAUCCCAGUGGCUCUUUCCUCCAUUGGAGUGGCAUUCCAUUUGCAUUUGGUAUCUACGGGUUUGGCUUCGCAGGACACUCUGUUUUUCCGAAUAUUUACCAGUCUAUGGCCAACAAACGAGAAUUUAGCAAGGCAAUCCUUAUAGUUUUUAUCUUAUGUGUGCUUUUAUAUGGACUCGUCGCAAUCCCGGGAUAUCUCAUGUUUGGUGACGAGGUUUUGUCUCAGAUAACAUUGAACCUGCCUCCUAAUGCAAUUGCUUCCAAAAUUGCCCUGUGGAUAAUAGUACUUAGCCCCUUCACCAAAUAUGCUUUGACCAUGAACCCGCUUGCAAGGAGUCUGGAGGAGUUGCUGCCCCAUAGAAUUUCAAGUACCACUUGGUGUUUCAUGCUCCUCAGAACAAUGUUGGUUUUGGCUACACUUUUAGCUGCUUUUCUAAUUCCUUUUUUUGGACUUGUGAUGGCUUUAAUUGGUUCUCUCCUCAGUACACUUGUGGCCUUGAUAUUGCCAGCUUUAUGUUUUCUGAGAAUUGUGGGGAAAAGAGCAACAAGUACACAGGUUACGUUAAGCAUCAUAAUAGCUGCAAUUGGAAUCGCCAGUGCUUCCCUUGGAACAUAUUCAGCUUUGUUGAAAAUUAUUCAGAGUUACUGAUCGAUAUAUUCAAUGAUUCAGCACAAGUAUGGCCACUUCAUCUACUGUGAUUGCAAUAAGAACAUUCCUUUAAUUUAUCUUGGCAUACAAAUAUCACAUUGAGUUAUAUGGUUAUAGGAUAUUCGGCCAGAAGGAGAGGGAAAGCUAAGGAAGCCAAAGAGAGAAGUUUGAAUAUGUUGCAUCAAAGUACAUUCAUUGUUGAGAAUUGCAGUAGCAAUCUACUGCACCCGGUGAAAAUGGAACCGAGCUUGUAAGAUCAAAUUUUGAAAUAUUCCAUUCUUAAAAGCCGUUUACUUUUCGUUAUUUGGGAGAAACGGCGCGUUUGUCUUGUUCAGCCUCUUCAAUUUGAUGUUGGAUUGUAUUCGUUAUUA